CCAUCUAUUCUCAUGCCUCGAAGGAAAACGCAGACCAGCGGAAACAAGCAUACAAGCGUUAAGCAUUGUAAAUACUGUGAUAGAACCCUGCCUGGAAGCGGAUUUCGUCUUCAUGAGCAGUUUUGUAAACGGCAAUGGGAUAAAGCUCAGUUUCGAAAAGGUCAUCUCACCAGCGCAAUCAUCGAGACAGAUACAACGGAUUUGACAGGCAAUGCGUCUACAUUGCCGGGGCUACCCGGAUCGGCAAUUUCUGAUCUGCCGCCCAUGUUUGCUCCGAGUCCUGAGUUUGCGCCCGAAGCAAUGGAUGUUGAUGAAGCGUUUUCGGCUCAAUUGGAUAGCAACCUCCCCCGACUUCCUUUGGCGUACAUUGAUUUCAUCCCUCAUCCUAAGGACGUUGGUGCCUCACGCGAGAUAACUUCUCUGUGCGACCCCAGCCCCUCCUACCAUGCCAAUCCCUCGCCACGCUCUCUCUUGGAUGCAGCGUCUCCAUUUGCGCCAUGGAGGACACUUUCCGACUUUGAAUACACCGAGACCGCGGUGAAGGGUGUUUCAAGUGCCAAUAUUGUUGACGCACAGUUGAAAGGGAUGACGGGACGAUGGUCAAAGCAGGACUCGGAUAUCACACUGAGGAACUUUCGCGAAUUUCGCCGAACCCUCACUGAUGCGCAUGUCCAUGGAGUCAAAUUUCAAUCAAAGACCAUCAAGUCCACAUUAUGGGACAAGGAGUACGCAUACACUUUCCAGUAUCGUGAUCCGUGGGAGUGGAUGCUCUCUUUAUUUACCGAUCCGUCUCUUGCAUCUGUGAGCCAGUGGAAAUCGAAAUCCGUUUUCUAUUGCGAAAAUGGUGUAAGAGAGAAACUGGUUAAUGAGCCAUGGACGGCGGACAUGUGGAAAAUGGUUGAUGACGAACUACCUCUUCCCGAUCCAAAUCCGCACUGCUGGGCUCCAAUCCACAUCUGGCUCGAUAAGGGACUUGUCACCAAGCAUGUCAAGAUGUUUCCUAUUGUCGGCCGCCCCAUGUGGCUCCCCUCCGACAUUCGCAACGCGUCGGGGAAUGGCGGCGGUGUAAUCCUCGGGUUUAUGGUCAUGGUCGACGAUCCGGGGAGCUCCGACGAGAGAUCAGCGGACAAGAACUACGAAUUUGCGCAAUUCAAGCGUGAGAUCUACCAAACUGUCCUUGACACUAUGUUCUAUUCGCUCUACCGUCGCUCCUGCAAUGGAUCACCUGUGACGUGCGGGGACUCAAUCCUACGCAUCCUUUACCCUGGCUUUCAUACGGAGUCACUUGACUUUGAAGAAGCUUGGAAUUUCACCGCGUGUCGCUCAAAUCGGGCCAAUUUCCCAUGCCCGAGAUGUCUCAUCCCUCAGGAGCUUUUGGGUCGACUUACGGGUGACGCCGUUCACAUGGUUCCUCCACGCACAUCGCAGUCCAUGAGGCAUGUUGUCGAUUUAAGUAGGAGGGCCAGGACUGCAGGCGAACGAGAAAAGAUUUUGAAGGAUCACGGACUUCAUAAUAUUGUGCAUUUCAUGUGGAACUUUCGAUUCUGCGACCCAUAUCUGGCGGUUGCUUAUGAUCUUUUGCACUUUGACGAGUCUGGUAAAUGGGGACAUCACGGAUGGAAGCUUGUGCUUGAAGUCCUCGGCCAACUCAAGCUCUCCACGGACGCUACAGAUCGCAUGGCACGUUUCCCGAGAUGGCGUGGACUGAAACAUAUCAACGACCUUACGACGAAGGAUUUCACAGAUGGGCAGACUCACCUUGAUAUCCUCAAGUGCAUCGUUUUCAUCCUCGCCGAGAUUUUGCCUGCCGGUUCAUCCCUUGUCGCCUUCGCUCGAUCUCUGCUGCAAUUCCGGAUCGUGAUGGGAAUGAAAGUCAUCACGGAAAGCCGCAAAGCAUUGAUUGCCCGAUUCAUCGCGCGUUAUGAGCGUGCAUGCAAGGCAGUAUCUAAAGAAUACGAGAAAAACUUCAACUUCCCUAAGCAGCACUUCGUUGUCCACGCAAUCGAGGACAUCGAGCUCAAGGGUGUUCCUCGGAAUGCUACAACACGAACCGGCGAAGGAAUGCAUCAAGAAGUGGCCCAACAUUUUCACCAGACAAACAUGAGGAAUGCCGAGGCACAAAUUGCGAAGCGGGAUGAAGACCAGGAAGCUGUGGCUCGCACACGGCUUCUGGUCGAUGACUUUAUACGCCAACAAAAUCCUCUCCCUGACGACACUGACGAGCUCUACGACUUGUGCAAGGCAGGAACGCAACGGAAAGCACCCAAGUCGAAGAUCGCUCCGACCAAUCUUGAUUCUCACUGGAUUUUCGGUGCGCCAUGGGACUACGGGGACAGUCGAGCUCUGACAGGCCGAAAAAAUACGGAGAAUGACGAGCUUUUCCGUAACUUCGACGUCCAACUUCGCCAGUUCCUUGCCGACGAGUUUCCUGAGAUGUACAUGACCAAACUCAGGUCGAGUUCUUCCACUGUCUCUAUAUAUCCUUUCAGUCCAAAGAGGACUGGACGGACAGUGAAGACAUCUUACGAUGUCACCCGAAUUGGUUCAAACAAGGCCCACGGAUCCACCGUGGACAUUGCAGCUGUCCACACCAUGAAGCCUCAUCAAUGGCGGCCUCGGACGACGUGGAAUGGAUGUCUGGUUUACGAUGAAGCGAAGGAUUUGUCUUUCGUGCGACUUGAGUAUUUGAUUCGUGGUGUGUUGAUGGCCCCGAGUCGCGAGAAGACCCCUGCACGCACCCAAAUCCAUUAUCUGGUCGACACGGUUGAUGCGGACAUAUUUUUACGCUCCCUGAAUGCGGUACAGCAUCCAUUCUGUCGCCAACGCAGCCCCCGGCGGUCCUUCACUGCACGAACCAUGUCUCUUUCUGAGGAGGGUGUUAGUAUGAUUCCUCCACGCUCCGAAUGGCGGUCGAGGCGGGGCAUGACGCGCACUGUGCCUAUGAAGGUGUUGGUUCUCGGCUAUCCGCGCACUGGAACAUCCUCGAUGCGCAAGGCGCUGCAGAUUCUCGGCUACGACGAGGUUUACCACAUGGAGUCCGUUCUGGCGAAUCCACACGACGCGGAUCUCUGGAAGGAAGCCUACCACACGAAGUACGAAAUGGGGGAGCUGGUUUCGAGAGAGAAAUUCGACGAGAUCCUCGGUCACUGCGAGGCGGCCACCGACGCCCCUCCAAUGAUGUACGCCGAGGACCUGGUCGCCGCCUAUCCGGACGCGAAAGUCAUCCUCACGCUGCGCGAUCCGGCCAAGUGGUGGACAUCGUUCCGCGCAACGGUUGCAAGCGUGCCGCAGAACCGCACCUUCGCCCUCGCCAUGAUGCUCGACUAUUCCGGCGUGCGGCAUCUCGGCGGGAUGUCGAAACAGAUGAUCAUGCAGCUCUGCGGGCCGGGAGUCGCGCCCGAAGGCGCACAGGCCCGCUUCGUUGCGCACUACGAUCACGUGCGCACGUUGGUGCCCAAGGACAGGCUACUCGAGUUUGACGUCAAGGACGGGUGGGAAUCGUUGUGCCCGUUCCUCGGUGUGCCCAUCCCGGACGGAGCGUACCCGCACUCGAACGACAGUGCGGUGUUCAAUCAGCGGGUCACUGCGACUGCCCGAGCCGCCCUCUGGCGUGUUGCCGGAGAUCUCGCCGUUCCCGUGUUCGGGCUCUUGGCCCUCGGGCUAGCUGCGCAUUACAGGUCAAAGUAAUGAAGCCAUCUCGAGCUGAGUUGGUAAUAGAAAUACGCUUCAAAUGCAAGUCCUCGAGUCGAUAUCAA